AUGUCGAGCGAGGAAUCGGCGCAGCCGUCGCAUGUUUCCGCGUCGAAAAAGACAGGCCGCAAGCUCAAGCACGCGAAGGAUACGCCUGCAGUAGAAGACAGUGAGGACAAGGAGGUUGAUAAGAAGGACAAAAAAACCAAAGACAAGAAGAAAAAGAGCAAGUCCAGCAAUGGGCAGGGCACCGAGGACGCCGCAGUGACGGCCGACGCUGGCGAAAAGAAGCAGAAGCAGAAAGAGAAGAAGAGCAAGAAGAGACGGCUUGAGGAGGAGAAUGACGGGGGGGAGAAAGGGGUCGCCGAGCCGGAGUCUGAGUCUCAGCAGCGGCGCAAGAAGAAAAGGGUGUCUUUUUCGGCGGAUACGGUGAUGCGGGACGCUGAGGAGAGCGAGAGCGAGAGUCGACCGGAAGUUAAGGAUGAUUUGAAAAGUAAUGGGGAUGCCGAAGAGGGUCAGGCUCCCCCUGCUACGGAGGAACAGGUUGACGCGGAUGACGAGGGCGAGAAAAAAAAGAAGAAGAAGGAGAAGAAGAAAAAGAAGAAGGAUCGUUCUGUUACGACUGCUUCGGAUACUACACCGACGUCUCACGAGUCUCCUAUUCUUUCGUAUCUCAAUCUAUACCACCAGAACCGAUCCGCUUGGAAAUUCCAGAAGAACCGCGAGACGCAUCUAUUCAAACACAUCCUGUCUUUGGAACAUGUUCCUGCGAGCUACAACGCCGCUCUUCUUUCUUACCUCAAGGGAUUGAAAAGCGAGGGUGCCAGGCAACGGCUACGCCAGGUUGCUGAGGAGGUUGUGAAAGCUGAAAUGGAAGAGGAUCUGGCAAAAGAGCAAGAAGCGGAGACGGAGGACAAGGCCGAGUCUGAUACGACAGGCUACAACAAGGCCGUGGAGGCUUUUAGAACACGCUUGUCGCAAGGCAAAGACGAUUUUGACGAGAUUGAGACACCUGAUUCACUGGACGGAGAACAACUGGCGAAGCUUCAGAGACGGCAGCGAGCGGAGCUCGUGCUGUUUGCUGUCAGCGGAAAGUUGUUCUACCUCGAGAAAACGAAAGCGAAGCGGGGACCGAGCACCCAGGCUCCGCCUGCGAAAAAGAAGAAGAAGAACCGGACCGCUUUCGUGGAAAUUUCGAGCAGCAGUGAAAGCGAGAGUUCCAGUGACAGCGACAGCGACAGCGAGAAGAAGGCCAAAAAGGCCGCAAAGCCGAAGAAAGACAGCUCUAGUGAAAGCUCAUCGACCGAUUCGAGCAGCGAUAGUGAUGACAACGGCAGCCACAAAAAGAAAGCUGCGAGGAAGAAGCAAGCCAGCUCAAAUGAAAGUUCCAGCGGCUCAUCGGCAGACUCUAGCAGUGACAGUGACAGCGACUGA